GGAAUGUCUCUUCUCCCUCUAGCCCUCCUUGCUCUGACAGGGUAUCUCCUGUGGCGUUACAACAACCGCUCUCGAACGGUUCGCUUGCCGCCUGGACCGGAGCCAUUACCUUUCGUAGGGAGUCUGUUCGACGUAUCCAGAAGAAAUCCAUAUGAGACAUUCAUCGAAUGGACAAAGACCUAUGGAGACAUUGUAUCAGCGAAUGUAAUGAGGCAGACAAUAAUCAUCCUGGGAAGUUCCCAGACGGUCUACGACUUCUUGGACCGCUCCGCAAUAUACUCAGAUCGCCCCUGCAGUAUCAUGGUUAGCGAAUUAAUGGGCUUCGGUUCCUCGCUUGCCCUGCUGCCUCACGAUGACAGCUUUCGCAAGCAAAUGAAGGCGUUUCGCCUCGGAUUUGGCCCCGGUGUCAUAAAGAAGUAUUAUCCUAUCAUAUCGAGGGAAUCUCGAACACUUCUUCACCGGUUACUAUUGGAUCCAGAUGGUUUCAUUCGGCAUCUCCGUCUGACUACAGCUGCGACAACCUUAGAGUCCAUAUUCGGCAUACACAUAAGUGGGUGGGACAACACACUCCUCAAGUGGGCAGAAGCAACUACGAAUUCGGUGGGGGCUGGUAUCAUCCCCGGCACUUGGUUGGUUGAGCAAAUCUCUUUCAUGAAGCAUAUCCCGACUUGGUUUCCACUCGCCACAUUCAAACGACUUGCAGCCGAGGGGAAGCGGAACAUAGAAUAUCUGCGUACCGUACCUCUAUCACUCGUGAAGGAUGAGCUGGCGCAAGGACAGACCAGUGUCUCUGCCCUGCCAACGAUACUGAUGAACGCGCGAGCAUCACAAGAUCGAUCAGACCUAGAAGAGGUCGCUAAUCUCGCCAUGCUCUCAGGGUACACGGCGGCCAUAGAUACGACGUACGCUGUUUUGCAAGUCUUCUUUCUAGCAAUGGCUAUCCACCCCGAGGCGCAGCGGAAAGCGUCUCUCGAGCUUGACAACGUCGUCGGAACGGGCAGACUCCCAGGGCCUGACGAUCGACCCAACCUUCCGUACUUAAACGCCCUUAUAAAAGAAGUGAUCAGGUGGAAGCCUGUCUCACCAUUCGGACUUCCGCACUGUGCACGGGCCAGUAGUGAAUAUAGGGGGUAUCACAUCCCUCGCGGGUCAAUUAUAAUGCCCAAUUACUGGGCAUUACUUUCCAACCCAAGUACCUACCCCGAACCGCAGGACUUCAAACCUGAAAGAUUCCUACAGGAUGGCGUCUCUGGAAAACCCAAUCCUGAUCCAGAUCAAGCGUUUGGCUCGGGUAGACGAGCAUGUCCCGGUCGCUGGUUCGCUGAUGCUGCGUUAUACAGUGUCAUAUCUCACGUCCUAGCGGUGUUUACAAUCGAGCGACCUUUGGACCAGGAUGGCAACGAGAUACAUCUCGAAGGGACCAUGCACCCUAACUUCGUCUCGAGCCCUGAACCAUUCAAAGUUCGCAUAACACCUCGCUCCAGUGCUGCAAAAGUUUUGAUUGAGCAGGCUCAGGAAGAGUUGGCAUGA